AUGCUACGUAAGGGCACUUGGGCAGCGCAUUUGAAAGAAAUGGAAGUAAAACGCGUCAAGAUGGCUAAAGAAGGCAAUGAAGCGUAUAAUCAGAAAUUGUACAACUAUGAUGACGUGGAAUAUAUUGGUAUCAUCACGGUUGGAUCUCCGGAUCAGUCUUUUAGAGUUGUUCUUGACACUGGUUCAAGUAUAUUUUGGAUCCCAGAUUACACAUGCGCGGCAAGCACACCGGAGGUAUGCGAUGAAUCUGCUUGCGACCCGGGAGUGGCCUGCCAGGUGUUCUGUCCUGAGAAGGUUUGCUGCAAAAAAGAAGAGAUUGUACGUACACGAAAUCCAUGUAGAGGAAAGAACUUUUUUGCAUCAACUAAUUCGUCUACCUACAUUCCAAUGAGCGGAAGGUGGAGAAUGUUUUACGCACAAGGUAGCGCAGAGGGCUUUUAUGGGAACGAUACAGUUCGAUUUGGAGAAGUUGGAACUAAACAGCUUGAAGUUCACGGUUCACAGUUCGGUCAAGCAGAAAAAAUUUCAGAUGACUUCACCGAUAGUCGUUUUCUCCUACACGAGUUUAAACUGCUUCAGGAACCUCUAGAUGGCGUACUUGGAAUGGCAUUUGCGGCACAGAUGUUCAGAGGGCCUCUUCCCAUUUUUGAACGCGCAUGGAAACUCGGCCUAGUUGACCCCAUAUUCACCUUCUACAUGAAGCGUGGCGACGGAUACAGUGAGUUUUUUAAGCAUAGUUUAGGGACAAUCGAUUCAUAUAGCUAUACCAAAUAUGCUUGGGCUUUAUCUUGAUG